AUGGGCAAUGCACAGUCUACCGAGGAGCCCCGGAGGGCAUCCCAGCGACUGUCGAAGCCGAGAACGGGCAAUCAUGCGACAGCCGGCCUGUUGAGCCCUGGUGUUUUCUCAAAUAGCUCCCGCCGCUUUUCCCAGGCCCAGUUACCGAACCCGCCCGCUCCAUCUUCGACAGUUGCUUCGACGCCAACAACUCUGUCGGUCGUCGAAGUCCCCGCUGGCCCCGACCGACGUCUCGACAGUCUCACGUCCCUUCAAUCGGGUCCAGGCUCGCAGAAAGGAUCGAAACGAAGGAGCUUGUUCCGCUCCCGUUCGACCCGGGUUGUUCAGUCCCCGCCCUUAGCGGGCUUCGGCGACGGCCCGGGUUCGCGGAUGGUGGAGAGGAUGAGCAGAGCGAGUUCCAUGACAUAUGAGUCUGCGGUUGCGUAUUAUGGCCGUGUCGAAAGCGAGCCCCAAAUCACGCGGUCCGACUCCCGCGCUUCGUGGAACUACAAUUUAACUUCCUACGAGGCGAAGCGGCUGCUAAAUCUUGACGAGGAGCCGCAUGACCAGACCACAGCCAUGUCGGAGAACAGAACGACGGCGGUCACAGAAAACACAUGGAAGAGCUCAAACCCAAUAUCAAGCAGCUCUAACGCGCCAAUCGCCCGCACCGAUUCGGACGUAUCGCUCUACAUGCCUGUUCGAAGAAGGUCCACGAUCCGAACACCUGGUGUUGCCACCCGCUCGGCUAGCACGAAUCGUGAGCUCUCGCCUCGGCCGCGCGUGAGCGUCCGCCACAGCCUUCCGCCAACGCCCAGCUUGUCCCGGAAGCAGUCGGUGGAAUCGUACCGGAGCGGUAUCGUGUCCAUGCCCGCCUUGAUUGCCGACCCCGAGUCUACCCUCCGAGCGGUAACUCCAUGCGAAGACAAGUACUUGUCCAUUGGCGCGUUCAAACUGGGUUCCCUCCGCAUCACCAAUGGUACCCCUAGCCCACUCACGCCAGAACUCGAUAAUUCUGAUGCGAACGGGAAAUGGGGUGCCGGUCAGGCCGCUGCUCGAGAUGGCUACUUUGCUGGGACACCACUGCCAGCGUCUGGUGCCGCCAAUAUCAAAGCGCCGCAUUCGGCGCGAUCCCCCGGCCUUCUCUCUCCAGUUCACAAGAGUCUGACCCCGUCGCCUGUCCUCCAAACAACGUCCAAAGUAGCUGCCGAAGCUGAUCGACUGUUUGACGACGAACCGCAACUGGAGUAUUCUUCGGUCGAGAUCUUGGAUGUCCGCCUGGACCCAAGCGCCAAAGCACCACAUGCGCAGCCGGAGUCCGACGCAACAACGAGCGUAACAAGAACAGAUAGUGGAUUUGUGUCGACGACGAGCCCAGGGUCUGAGACUUCGUACAAGGCACUGUCCAAGGCGGAUUCUGGUUACAGUUCCAACGUAUCUCUUCGUUCUCUGCGCGGCAAAUCUAAAGGCAGCGAGAACGCCCGUCCUGCCGUGCCCGAGAAGACGUCGACCCGCGGUCUGAGGACACAGAAAGAGCCGGUUACUUUGGAGAAGCGGAAGCCUUUGCCGGGGGUAGAGGUUUCAUCUCCUGCAGGUGUUGAAGAGGAUCUGCCCCCGCCUGUCCCCCCAAAGGAUGCCGCGCGGUAUUCCUCAGGCUCUAGGUUGAGCGCUAAGAACACCCCGGGAAGCAGUAUUCCACCUCAUAGCCCGCGAGGAGGCCCAGAGGCCGGCAGGAGCAAGACCAUGCCGCAUAUGCCUCAUCCUCUCGUCACCCUUUCUUUGACCGACGGAAUAGGGUCGGUUUCUUCCAAUUCCGACCCCCGCAGCCCGGCGAGCGUCAAGUCCCCUUCGACUGAGAAACCGGGAUCUCCACGCAGUGCCGGCCGCGGAACCCCGAAGACCAGCCGGCUGCACCGACUUCUGAGCUCUGCUCGCCGGCCAACCGCUAAUUCGUCAACAACCCAACCCGUCCUCGCGCCACAAUCAGCGACAUCGGCGCCGGCAGUACAGGAGACGGAACAAAGCUUGAUAGACCGAGCCGCCCGGCUUCCUGCAACAGCGAGAAGGCUAGUCUUGAAGUCACGCCCAAGUUUAGACACCCUUAAAACAAUUUUCAGUGUGGGGAGCUUCGAAACUCAGCUUGAAAGUGCCAACCCGACGCAGACACCAACGUUAUACCCCUCUGAUAUCCGGGGGUCUGGUGCUUGGAAACAGCCUCUGAAUUCUGCUACCGCGCAUCUUAUUCCAAGGAAACCUAUAACCCGAAAACCCGUUCCUGUCCGGUUGGGCUCCGCAUCGGAGACGCAGCGGAAAGCUGGAAGCAGUUUGAGACACAGCGUUCUCGGUGUCACAAGUGCCGAGGUUCCCCCAGUACCGGAAAAGUCGAGCAGGCGAACCAUGAGUCUCACAUCUCUGGGUGAACACGUGCUGCAGGCGGGAUACCGAGCGUCCGGCAUGAACUUGCCUAGUUCGACGGCCGACCUCCCAUCCCCUCCGCUCCCCAGCCCAGUUGCCAAGGCAUUGGCGGCUGAGCGAAACAGCAACACGUCGGAAACAGCCUACCCAGCGAGAAGGCCGGCAUCGCUCCGGAUUCCACCAAGUCUCAGCCGCAAAAACAGUCGCGAGAGCCUACAGAGUUAUCCAGCUGGGCAAACACUUGCGAGCAAAGCCAGUAUGGAAAGUGUCGGCAGCUACGCUUCGAGCCGGCCCGGAGCAGGCAGCGAACCCUCAUACCCAAGGCCUCACAGCAUGAUCUUCAUGGAUCCUCGGCGGCUUCAAUCUUUCCGGAAGUACAGUCCCCAAUCCCCGCCAUACUCUCCCACGCGGGAAGCCCAAACAAACACGCUCCCUCACCGGCACUCUCAAACUUUCAGCCCUGGCGGGAGCCGCCGCAACUCCAUUACCUCAGUCCAGAGCGACGGCGCAUUUUACUCAAUCAACACUCAGGGGUGGCAAUUCCGCACGACGCAACAGCAACAACAGCGACAGCAAUCUCUGCGACAUCGGGCCAGCUACGACGGUUACAGUUACCAGUACCGAUCUACCGGGUAUCCCCCAUCCAUGUCUAACGGUUACACCGCGCCUACUCAGAUGUCUUCCAGCGCCGGCGGUAGGUCGUACCUCAACCCGGCUGCCACCUGGAGUCGAAGCCAAGCCGAUGCCGCAGCGGGCCAGUACUACCAACCACACCCGGUGUAUGUUCCCCGCGGCCACUACCGUAACCGCAGUAUGGGUGGGACGCGAGGCGAGUCGGGGCCGAAUCCGCCGUAUCGCGUGCUGCAUAGCUAUAAUUCGCCUGCGUACCGGCAUGCGCCGAUCUGGGGUUGA